AUGGUCGGGUCUUCGAGCGGCUACAUCGAGUCCCUGCCCGAGGCUGUGCAGAGGCGGAUUGAAUACCUGGGUGACAUCGAUGAGCAGCGGUCCGACCUCGAGGCGGAGUUCGAUGCCAAGGUCAAGCAGCUGGAGGAGGAGUACAGCGAGAAGUAUGCCCCCUUGGACAAGGAGCUGCGUGAUAUCGUGAAUGGCGUCACCGAGGCCCCAGGCGUGGUGACCGAGGAGGGCGCUGACAAUGUCCCCAAGGGCAUCCCCGACUUCUGGAUGAUUGCGCUUCGGAACGAACCCCACCUGGAGACUCUGAGCUUCACCCUGGUGUUCAAGUUUGCUGAGAACCCCUUCUUCAAGAACGAGACCCUCUCGAAGACCUACUUUAUGGGCGAUGACGAGGAUCUUGUCAUCCGUGACAUCAAAGCCACGCCCAUCGAGUGGAAGUCGGCCAGCAAGAACGUGACGGUGAAGGUGCUGAAGAAGAAGAUGCGCCCCGGCCAGAAGGGGACCCCCCCCACAAAGCAGACCCCCACCGAGUCCUUCUUCAACUGGUUCACGCCACCGCCCAUCCCUGAGAACGAGGAGGAGAUCGAGGAGGAGGAGCUGGAGGGCCUGCAGGCCGCCAUGGAGGACGACUACGAGGUGGCCGAGAUCAUCCGCGAGAAGAUCAUCGACCACCCCUACCUGUGGUUCACGGGCGAGGCGCUGCAGGAUGACGAGAGCAGCGAGGAGGACUACGACAGCGAGGAUGAUGGCGCAACCCCCGGGGGCGAGACCGACGAUGAGUCCCCUUCCGAUGACGAGGACGACAGUGAGGACGACGAUAGCGAGGGAGAAGGGGAGGAGGAGACCAAGCGAUCCAAGUCGACCGGGAAGACCGGCCCCAAGGCGGGGGCCGUGGACAGCCAAGCACAGCCGCAGGAGUGCAGGCAGCACAACGCCGAUCUGGAGCGCCUUGUGGACACAAACGACGAGUGGAUCGUGUCCCGCACCGGCAUCCGGCGCCGGCACAUCCUGGCCCAGGGCGAGUCGCUGGCCGAUCACGCCCUGCUGGCGGCCCAGCGUGCCCUGGCGGCCGCGGGCGUCCCCGCCGCGGACGUGGACCUGGUCCUGCUGGCCACCUCCUCCCCUGACGACGGCUUCGGCACCGCCUGCGCGGUCCAGGCACGGCUGGGCGCGGGCAACGCCGCCGCCUUCGACCUCACCGCCGCCUGCUCCGGCUUCGUCAUGGGCGUGGUCACCGCCGCACAGUUCCUGCGCACGGGGGCAUACCGCAACGUGCUGGUCAUCGGCGCCGACGCGCUGUCGCGCUACAUCGACUGGCGCGACCGGGGUACCUGCAUCCUGUUUGGCGACGGCGCGGGUGCCGUGCUCCUGCAGGCGGGGGGGGAGGGGGAGCGCGACAACCUCCUCGGGCACGACCUGAGAUCAGACGGCAACGGGCAGCGGCACCUGCACUCCAGGUUCCUGGGCGCCGGGGACAAGGCGCUGAACGACGACACCGCCUCCUCCCACCCCGCCUUUGCCAACAUCGCCAUGAACGGCAGCGAAGUGUUCAAGUUUGCGGUGCGCGCCGUGCCCAAGACGGUGGAGGCCGCCCUGGGCGUGGCGCAGCUGGAAGUCAAGGACCUCGACUGGCUGGUGCUGCACCAGGCCAACCAGCGCAUCCUGACCGCCGCCGCAGACCGGCUGGGGGUGCCGGCGGAUCGGGUGAUCAGCAACCUGGCCGAGUACGGCAACACCUCGGCGGCCUCCAUCCCACUGGCUCUGGACGAGGCGGUGCGGGCAGGGACCAUCAAGCAGGGGGACGUAGUGGCCAUCGCGGGGUUCGGGGCAGGGCUGUCCUGGGCCGCGGCAAUCCUGCGCUGGGGCUGA